CUCGCACAAGGCACCGUUGGUCGCGUCUUCCGCACGCCACAACGUCCGUCGCGCCCAAACCGCAAGCACCGCCGUUGUCGAGAUUGUUCGUCUCCACCGUGUCGUCUCCGCGGACUUCGUGUUUGACCGUGUGAUUAACACUAUAAUAAUAUACAUCAGCUACCUGCAUAAUAUUAUUUUAAUAUCGAAAGGAUAAAUUUGAAUCAAAAACCGCCCAUUUUUGAACAGAACGAAUUUCACGCGAUCGGUCAUACGAUACUAUACGAACACUGCAUACGGUGCCUAACAAGCAUUUCGCAGACACAUUUGCGUUUUUAAUCGUAUAUUGUACAUCUGUCGUGGGAUUUUUGUCGUUUUCUCGUCAUCCCCGAAACAACCGCCGCUCGAGUAUUUUUUCGCCACCACUGCCGCCCACCCGAAAAUGGAUGGCACCGCUUUUCGCGCCGUCGUCCUACUGUUGUUAGCGGUAUUCAAGACACACGAGGUUUCUACUCAAGAUUACGAUGUGUCUGAAAUACAGUGUUCGUUUUCGACGGACUCGCUGAGGGUGGGCAAAGCACUUUUGGGAGUCAAAGACGUGAUAUCCGCCCGGCUAAAGAAGCCCGACGGGUUCAAGGGGCACCCGCUGUUCGCUGACGACCGAUCCGUCGACCCGUUGAUCGAUCCUGUCUGCCAGAUACGACCCGACUUGUCGGACGUGUCUCUGCUGACGUACAACCUGUUGGUCACCGACUUCACGCGGUGCGGCGUGCUCAGGCGAAACGGUUUCGUGCACGUCCGAGUGUGGUUUCCGCAGUUCCCCGGCGUCGUCAUGAUGUCCGAUCAAGAGCUGAUCAUAAUGUGCAAACCACCAGAACCAACAGUGAUCGAGAACAAAGCCGCCGGUUUCGCCGGAAGUUUCCCGCAUGGUGCCCGAGUGUCUGGGGUCGUGGAAGAGACGCCCGGGAGACUUGAGUAUGAGGUGGCUUUGUACAAGGAAGCACCAGCCCGAUUAACGAACUUGAGCCAUAACAGCGAACUGCCAGUCGACCAGGCCGUGCCCAUCGGUACCAAACUUCAACUCAGGGCCAGGAUCAACCCGCAUUCAGCUUGGAAGUUUGUCAAGUUGAUGGAAGUGUCCGUGUCUCCAGAUCCUGACAACGCACACGUAUCUGGUAGUGUCGCUCUGGUAAAAGACGGAUGCCGGAAUCGGGAUUUCGCGACAAUUAUCCCGCACCAGCCGGCCAAGUACCGGGAAAGGCACAACGAAGUGUUUUUGGACUUUGAGGCGUUCCUGUUGAGCACCAUGAAAGAGCGAUCGACGUUGUGGAUUCACUCGCAGAUCAAAGCAUGCAUGGAUGCCAACGACUGUCAGCCGGAAUACUGUUUGGACUUGUUCGAGCCUUCUGGACACGGACGCAGGCGUAGGAGGCACGUGCCCGGCAUCGGGAACGGGACCGCACUGCAGCAGCAGCAGACGUCAGCUGCCGACGACCGGAACGCGACUAACUUCGCCAAGUUCAAAGAGAACAUUGAGUACACAGUCAUCAUGCCCGAGGACAUCUACCAUGGUGCCGCGACCGCGUCCGAGAACAACUGCGGGACGUUCCUGGCCCUGUCCGGGGUCCUGGGCUGUCUCCUGUUCGUCGCUGCUAUGAUCCUGUGUUACCUGACGUCCCGUCUGCAGGCGGCCAUCGGGUCCAAGUACAGGACGGCGCAACAGGACGCGUUCGGUAGCGGUAGGCUCCAUACCGGCACCGGUCAACCGUCAAAGUUCCCCGUGUCGUUUUCAUCCGGUUCGUCGGCGUACUCGGGACGGCUGCACUGACGUCCAUCGUCCGAUCAGAUUCGAUUAUUUUUUUAAAUCUUUGUAAAUAGUUGUUUUUCCUCUCCAUUAUGACGGAAUCUCUUACACAUGUUAUAGACGCUUGAUUCACGAUUCAAUUCGUACACGAUAGUUUUUCAUUUUUAAAUUAUUCUGUUUUUUUUUUUAAAACUUACCUAUACGAAACACUUGUUGUACUGGUAUCCAACUGCUUAAGUGGCACGGAUAUGGCUACAGGACGAUUUUAACAGCAAACACUCGUACAUUAUCUCGGUAGGUGCAUAGUUUUGUAUUUCUUUAAAAAGCUAAUCAAAUAGUUUUUACGAUGUACGAUAUUGUCAAUAUUUUUUUUUAUUAAAAAUCUAUAUUUUAAAUUUUAUAUGAAAAUAUUGAAACAUUAUAAUAUUUUAAUAACAAGCGUUUAGAGGUGAGAUGACUAAUGCAUUGCGAAUUUCGUUUUUGUCCUUAAGGCUUAAACGAAAGUUGAUUGAGAUAAUAAGUGUUUGCUGUUGAAAAUCACACUGUUUUUCUGUUACGUUUAAUUAUUCACGUAUGCAUAAACCACUAUUCGAUGCUACAGAAAAUCAUCGGUCGAGAGACACGAAAACGUUACGAUCGGCCCUGCCGAAGAUUUUUUGACUUGUCUAUAUUAUAAAUACACCGUUAGCUCGUCACCAUCUUUCCAUCAAAGUUCAACCAUCGUACUGAAGUCGUACCGAUCGCAGAUACAGCUAAAUAAUCUAUAUUAUUAUGUCGGAUCUUAUAUAGGAUUGACAAUGAUUUUUUUACUCUUACCCAACACCUUGGCGAUGGGUCAACCGUUCGUUGAAUACUCUUACCCUCGUUUGACGUAUCGCCAAUCACCGUCCGUCCACACAUAAUAUUAUAUGGAAUAAAUCGUAAUACGUUCCGAACUGUGUAAAAAUAACCACGACGAGUUGAAUUGAAUCGUGAUUUAAAUGAUACUAUUGCGUGCAUUUUGGCACAGUAUGAUAUAAUAUUAUUAGAUUUUAAUAUUAUAUUAAAUACUAUAUAAAUUAUAUUAUAUGGUACAGAGAUGUUAUUAAGGCCGCUGUUCAGAAAAGCAUUUGGUCUUGGUCAAUAAAGCUCGAUAUUAUAAAUAAAUAAAAAACAAUUGUCAUUAUCAUAACAAUUAUUGUGUUGUCUGAUGACGACGUAUAAUAUUAUAUAGUAUUCAUGUCACCGCUCCU